AACACGGAGCUCCACAAACCACUUGGCGCAGCGCAUUACAUCACCACGUCUCAUUUCGAGACGUCUGCUAGGCCUAGACCCACGAAGAAAACCACCACGUCUACGACGACGACCACCAGCACCACUACUACGACCACCACCACUACUACCAGUACCACUACGACCACUACGACCACCACGACCACGACCACUCCAAAACCUGACACGACGACAGCGUCGUCUACGACCGAGACGAUCGCGAAAACUGGAUCGGUGUUGACCGUGUCUGCCGCAACCGAGAGCAAGGGUAUGCAGUGCGGGGUACCGCCCCUGUUCCCGAGACCGGAGACCAGGAUAGUUGGAGGCAAGGACGCGCCGUUCGGUCGAUGGCCUUGGCAGGUAUCUGUCAGGCGUACGUCGUUCUUCGGCUUCUCCAGUACUCACAGAUGCGGAGGAGCGGUGCUUAACGAGAACUGGAUCGCCACUGCUGGACACUGCGUGGACGACCUGCUGACCUCGCAGAUCCGCAUCAGAGUGGGCGAGUACGAUUUUUCGUCGGUGCAGGAACGAUUGCCUUACGUGGAGCGUGGAGUCGCGAAGAAAGUGGUGCACCCGAAGUACAACUUCUUCACUUACGAGUACGAUCUGGCAUUGGUCCGAUUGGAGAGCUCGUUGACGUUCGCCCCGCAUAUUUCACCGAUUUGUCUGCCAGCGACUGACGAUCUCUUGAUCGGCGAAAAUGCAACAGUCACCGGCUGGGGCAGGCUCAGCGAGGGUGGUACACUACCCUCUGUGUUGCAGGAGGUUUCCGUGCCCAUAGUGAGUAACGAUAGAUGUAAGUCAAUGUUCCUGAGGGCUGGGAGACACGAGUUCAUACCGGAUAUCUUCCUGUGCGCCGGAUACGAAAGUGGAGGCCAAGAUUCUUGUCAGGGCGAUUCGGGUGGUCCUCUGCAAGUGCGUGGUAAAGAUGGUCGAUACUUCCUCGCUGGCAUCAUAUCCUGGGGAAUCGGUUGCGCGGAGGCCAAUCUACCCGGCGUUUGCACCAGGAUCUCCAAAUUUGUCCCAUGGAUCCUGAAGAACGUCACUUGACCCGAUUUCCAAGCAAUCGUUUUGCCACAGCACUUGGUCGACAGCUUGUUGACGAACCGAAACUGUUCGAAUGAGCGCGCAUUCCCAAACGUAAAACUGCACGUUUCAUCGGUUUCUUAACCGAGGGUUGGUAACAAGGAAAUCGCACGAAUCGCUGCCAAAAAAAAAAAAAAAAAAGA